UCAUUCAAGGGAAGUUGCUCUCUGAAAACACUUGCAGGAAUGCUGGACAGGGCUUUGAGUGCAUCACUAACACAGAACAGACAAUUGGACUGCAAGUGGUAAAUCCAAAGUUUGUUUUCCCUUUUUUGGGGAUCUUUCACUUCUUUAGAGUUAAAAAAUGUAGCAAAGAGGCUUAAGCAAUCAUACUCUCUAAGUCAUUGUUAGGAAUUUAGGAGGAAUUUUCCUCCCAGCUCCAAGCUGAAUUUAAGGAUUGCAGUAAGCAGUUCCAGUGAUACACACAACCUCUGAGAUGUCACACCUCACAGCUGGGCUCUUAUAAUGAUAGAAUAAGCCUUACACAAGUGGCCUCAGUGCCAAAGACAGGUACAGGCAGGCAGUGCAGAUAUGUACUCAGGGGACAGGUGACUUCUAAGGGAUCAUUUGUGUUGCUCUGGCAGAUUUCUAAUAUAUUGGUUUUGAUGUCUUUCCUCUAAGGAGAAUGCAGAUUGUCCUGAGAUGGCACCCCACUAAGAAAUGGUUUACCAUCUCCCAGCAGUCGCAUUUCUUGGAACAAGAAGAACCCCUUCAGAUCCCUGUGGCAUGAGAAAAGCCUCUGGCUUUUAAACCCAAGGAGGAUGUCUCUAACUGACGAGCUGGAGAGCCACUUUUCUGGCACCCCCUACAUGGUGACAGACACAAGUGAGGACAGCCUGUUCAGAAUCCGGUCCAACACCUCUGGCAAUGCCACCAGGGAUGGGAUGUCAGCCACCGGUUCCAUGGAGGACAUGAUUGCCAUCUGCACCAUCGGGACAAUCCUCUCCCUCAUGUGUGUGAUUGGGGUGACAGGCAACGUCUACACCUUGCUGGUGAUGUGCCAUUACCUGCGAUCUUCUGCUUCCAUGUACAUUUACAUCAUCAACCUCGCGCUGGCGGACCUGCUCUACCUCCUCACCAUCCCCUUCAUCGUCGGGACCUACUUCAUUCAAAAAUGGUACUUCGGGGACAUUGGCUGUCGCAUCCUGUUCAGUCUGGACUUCCUCACCAUGCAUGCCAGCAUCUUCACCCUCACAGUCAUGAGCACAGAGCGCUACUUUGCUGUGCUGAAGCCCCUGGACACGGUGAAGAGGUCCAAGAGUUACCGCAAGGCCAUCGCUGUUGUGAUCUGGCUGGUGUCACUGCUGCUCACCCUCCCGAUGCUCAUCAUGAUCCAGCUGGUGCAAAGGGACAACAAAAGCAUCUGCCUGCCCACCUGGAGCAAGCUGUCCUACAAAGUCUAUCUCACCAUCCUUUUUGGUACCAGCAUCGUGGGCCCAGGGGUGAUCAUUGGCUACCUUUACAUCCGAUUGGCUAAAAUAUACUGGGUGUCACAAACAGCCUCCUUCAAACAGACCAAGAGGCUGCCCAACCAGAAGGUGCUCUAUUUAAUCUUCACCAUAGUGCUGGUGUUCUGGGCUUGCUUCUUGCCCUUCUGGAUAUGGCAGCUCCUCUUCCAGUAUUAUGAAUCCUUCCCUUUAUCUCCCAAGGUGAUGAAGAACAUUAAUUACUUGACAACCUGCCUGACCUACAGCAACAGCUGCAUCAACCCCUUCCUCUACACCCUGCUCACCAAAAACUACCGGGAGUACCUGAAGAACAGGCAGAGGUCCCUCAGCAGCAACAGUGGGUACUUCCAGAGGAGGAAUCGGUUUCAGAGGAUUUCAGGGAGAUCCCUGUCCACGAGCAGCCAGCACUGCACAGAGACAUAUGUCCUUGCUCACGCCCCUUUGGGAAACAGCAGUGCCUGAAGGUAAAAAUCUAUCUCCAAGAACAAUCAAUAUCGAUUCCAAUGUUGCUUUGAUUUAAAGUGUACACUGUAAAGGUGAGGCCUUGGCAGACCCAUGAUGUGCACACAUUUAGUCCAGAGGCUGUGCCGUGUGUCUGUUCUCAUUUUCUCCAGUGCCACUGAUUUGAUGCCAGCAGCAUUCAGCUGAACAGCUAUCUAAAUAGCCUUUCACUUUUUAUCUUCAUAUUUUAUAGUGUAUGUCUCCUCAAGUAGCCAUCAGUAAUGAAAGCCUAUAACAGGGCCAUGAUUUUUAAUGGUAUCAGCUGUCUCACAGCAAUUGAAAUUAUGUUAUCCUAUGAAUGGCUGUAUUUUCCCCUUUUUUUUUCUCUCUAGCAGUGAUGCUAAAUUUGUAGUUGUAUGAAGACUGAAAACAAUGAAAUAAAGAGAAAACAGCUGAUGUUUGUGACAUACAA